AUGGACGACCACGAGAAAAAGGCCACCCGCGACUCAGACGAGGCGGAGACGGUCGAGCAUGCGCCUCGUCGGCGCAGCUCUUUGGGCUUCGACAACAUGGAAAACCUGUCUGCGAUCAUGGAGAACCCACUCAAGCGACGCUCCAAGGAAGAGCUCAUGGUCGACGUCGACGAGUUUUGCCGUCGCUUCAACCUGACCGACUUUACCGACGAUUUCCGGAAAGGCGCCCUCGUCGCCCAAAACCCAGAGCAAUUUGCCAGCAUCCCAGAGCUGUCGCCAGACGACCGCAACAUAAUUGAGCGCGAACACACGCACCGCUGGAGUCAGCCGUUCAUGCUCUACUGGCUUUGCGUCAUGUGCUCCCUGGCCGCGGCUGUGCAGGGAAUGGACGAGACGGUCAACAACGGCGCCCAGGCGCUGUACCUCGUGGACCUCGACAUCGCGGGGCCCAAUGUCACGCGCUUCAGCAAGAGCAUGCAGGACAGCAUCACCGGGCUCGUCGUCGGCGCACCGUACCUCUGCUGCGCCAUCAUUGGUUGCUGGCUGACGGAACCGCUCAACAGGGUCUUUGGCCGUCGCGGGACCAUCUUCAUCUCGUGCUUCAUAGCGGCCGUCGCAUCCAUCUGGGAAGGAGUCGCUAAUUCUUGGGUCAAUCUGUUCCUUGCUCGCUUUUUCCUGGGUUUUGGCAUUGGCCCAAAGUCGUCCACAGUUCCAGUCUACGCAGCGGAAUGCUCCCCGGCGCCAAUCCGCGGUGCGCUGGUCAUGCAGUGGCAGAUGUGGACGGCCUUUGGUAUUAUGCUCGGCAACAUCAUGGGGGUGGCCUUUGGGCCGUCCACUGGCAUUAGCCCGUCCCUCGGAUGGCGUCUGAUGUUGGGUUCAACCGUAGUGUUGCCUUUGAUCGUCUGCGCGCAAGUCUACUUUUGCCCCGAGUCGCCAAGAUGGUACAUCCAGCACAACAAGGUCGGCAAAGCGUUCCGGUCGUUCCAGCGCCUCAGGUACUCCAACGUCCAAGCCGCUCGAGACACAUACUACACUUAUGUCGGCGUGGAGCUUGAGCGCGAAGCCAACAAAGGAAAGAAUCUGUUCACUCAAUUCAUCGAGCUGUUUACAGUCCCCCGUAACCGUCGCGCUACAUGGGCUACGUGGAUUCUGAUGGUGGGACAACAAUUCUGCGGUGUCAACAUCAUCGCGUACUUUAGCACCAACAUCUUUCUGGAGGCGAACUACUCCAUCAACUCGGCUCUCCUCGCGUCUAUGGGUACCGGUAUCCUGAACUGGGUGUUUGCCAUCCCAGCGCUGUUCACAAUCGACCGAUGGGGAAGGCGGAAUCUUUUGCUCUUUACCUUUCCGUUCCUUUCGAUCACGCUUCUCUGGACUGGCAUGUCAUUCUUCAUCACCAACAAAAAGGCCCGCCUAGCCAUGGUCACGACGGGAAUGUACCUUUUCGAAGUAUUCUACUCCCCAGGCGAGGGCCCUGUUCCGUUCACAUACAGCGCCGAAGCGUUCCCCGUCCACGUCCGAGACGUGGGCAUGUCCUGGGCCACGGCAACCACGUGGUGCUUCAACUUCAUCAUCUCCUUCACCUGGAACCACCUCCGCACUGCAUUUACCGAGCAAGGCGCGUUUGGCUGGUACGCCGCGUGGUGCGUCAUUCUCUGGUUCCUCAUUCUGCUCUUCGUCCCCGAGACAAAGGCUCUCACGCUGGAGGAGCUGGACCAGGUCUUCAACGUCAGCACCAGAAAGCACAUGAGCUACCAGAUCAAAAACAGCAUCUGGCACUUUCGCAAGUAUGUGCUUCGACAGCGACUGGAGCCGCUGCCGCCGUUGUACAGACAUGAAGAGAAGUCGAACGAGUCUUGGAAAGAGAAAGCGGAUCAGUCGUAG